GUGGGCGGAGGCCUGUAAUGAACACGGUCAAGCGGGUCUCUGAAGCGCAUGCGCAGAGAACCUUGGCGUGCUGGUUUUCGUUGUCAGGCUCUGUGAGAUGCCGGAACCGGAAGUGCCCUGAGGAGGCUCAGAAUCUAGAGAACCGGAGCGGCUACUCGAUUCAGCUGUAAAUGCAUCACAAACAGACCACCCAGGAUGAGGAAAGCAAGCAGGAGUGUAGGCGCUGCCCCAAAAGUACCUGCUAAUAAUAAAUCACAGGGUACAGAGCGGUCAAAGUCCGAGAGCUGCGCACCCACCACUUCCAAGGUUUCCCGACCUGGAUCUUCCUUAUCAAAGCAAAUCAAUGAAUACCCAGUAGGAAAAGUGCUGUUUCCAAUAGCUAAAAGCAAUGAUGAUCUUUCAACUGGCAUGGCUGGUGGCCUUCCUGCAAACAAUAUUGUGAAGGUAAAGAAAAACAGCACUACGUCUUACUCCAGUUCUGGCACAGCAAUGAGUGGACAGGAGGGCAGAACAAGAAGUAGUGCAGGAAGUAGUUCAAACACCAAGCGUAGUGGUUCAUCGAGUGCUAAGGAAGUUGGCUCUUCACGAGAGAGGUUACGAGAGCGAUCUCGUUUGACUGCCAACAAGAAGCCACAGGCAUCAGGAGUUGGCACAGGAGAAGUGUCUGCUCCUAGCAAAAGAUCACGUGGACGAACAGAUUCUGAUAUUCGAAUGAGCAAGUCCAAAUCUGACAAUCAGAUAAGUGACCGUGCAGCUCUGGAGGCCAAAGUCAAAGAAUUGAUGAACCUAGCUAAGAAUAAAGACUCUGAGAUUCUUCUUCUUCGUACAGAGCUAAGGGACACCCGGUCACAACUGGGACAGGAUGUUUCUGACAAGAGUCCCGAUGAGCUCCCAUUAGUACAUUUACAAGAGCAGAAUACAACAGUACGCGAGGAGAUGCAGCAACUAAAAAGUGAAAAUCGAAUGUUGAAGGAUCGAUUAAAUGCCCUGGGCUUUUCACUAGGACAUCAACCAGAUGAUCCAGAUAAGCUGUAUGGCUUUCAGUCCUUGGGCAUCAAUUCAGGGAGCCACAGUGACUGUGGGGGAGGGACUCUAACCUCUUCUGUAGAGGGUUCAGCACCUGGAUCAAUGGAGGAUCUCCUUAGCCAAGAUGAAAGUACCCUUACUGGUGAAAGGAGGAGCAGCUCUAUGGAUAACCUAGAUAGUGAGUGUAGUGAGGUUUACCAACCACUGACCUCUAGUGAUGAUGCUCUAGAUGCACCCUCAUCUUCCUCAGAAUCAGAAGGCCUUCCUAGUACUGAUCGAUCUCGCAAAGGAAGCAGUGGGAAUGCCAGUGAAGUUUCUGUUGCGUGCCUUACUGAGCGCAUCCACCAAAUGGAAGAAAAUCAACAUAGCACAUCAGAAGAACUACAGGCCACCUUACAGGAACUGGCUGACCUUCAGCAGAUAACACAGGAGUUAAACAGUGAAAACGAGAGACUAGGGGAAGAGAAGGUUAUAUUAAUGGACUCUCUCUGCCAGCAGAGUGACAAACUGGAGUUAUUUAGCCGUCAGCUAGAGUAUGCUCAAGCUCUGCUAGAUGAACAUCAUAUUUCCUACUCUCUUGAUGAUGAUCUGAAGAGUAGCCGCUACCUGGAUCUAGAACAACGCUACAUGGAACUGGCUGAAAAUGGGCGUUUUGAGAGGGAGCAGCUUUUGGGGGUACAGCAGCAUCUAAGUAAUUCAUUAAAGAUGGCAGAACAGGAUAACAAGGAUGCCCAAGAUGUUAUCCGGGCUCUUAAGGAGCGAAAUCACCACAUGGAACGCAUUGCUGAGGCAGAGCAGCUAGGUAAACAAGCUUUAGCUGUGACAUUGGAGGAGUAUAAGGCUACCUUAAAUUCAGAGCAGGCUGAAUGUGCUCGACUGAAGGCACACCUGGAGCAGGAAAAACAAAGGGUAGCGGAGCUGUAUUCCAUACAUAGCUCUGGCGAUGCAUCCCACAUACAGAACCUUCUUGAAAGUGUGCGUAGUGACAAAGAGAAGGCAGAGAGCCUAGCCAGCAGUCUACAGGAAGAGGUGUUGCAUGCACGCAGUGAUGUCAACCGCAUGCAGGAUGCCUUUGGCAAGCUGGAGGAUGAGUAUAGAGCCUUCAGGGAAGAGGCCCAAAAGCAGGUGUCAGAAUUGACUUUGACACUAGAGAAAGUGCGACAUGAACUGGAAGAGAAAGAAACAGAACUCAGCGACAUGAAGGAGACAAUAUUUGAGCUGGAGGAUGAAGUUGAACAGCAUAGAGCUGUAAAGCUUCACGAUAACUUGAUCAUUUCAGACCUUGAAAAUGCAGUUAAGAAGCUUCAGGACCAAAAACACGACAUGGAGCGUGAGAUCAAAAUACUAAACCGGAAACUGCGGGAGGAAUCUGCAGAAUGGCGCCAGUUCCAGGCUGACUUGCAGACAGCUGUUGUGAUUGCCAAUGAUAUCAAAUCUGAAGCACAGGAGGAGAUUGGGGAACUGAAGAGGCAACUCCAGGAUACAAUAGACAGGAAUGAGAAGCUUGCAAAAGAGAUGGAAAAUUCAACAUCACGCAAACAGGAAGAGGAACGCGGCCGUGUCUUUAACUACAUGAAUGCUGUGGAAAGGGACUUAGCAGCACUAAGACAGGGAAUGGGUUUGACCCGUAGAUCAUCUGCAUCAUCAGAGCCCACGCCCACUGUGAAAACCCUGAUUAAAUCCUUUGAUAAUGCAUCCUCCCAAGUUCCAAUUCCAACUACUGCAGUGGCAGUGGCAGCGGCAACGGCAACUGCAGCAACACCUAUUUCCAGGACACCUCUCAGCCCAAGUCCGAUGAAAACACCUCCAGCUGCUGCUGUUUCUCCAAUGCAGAGACAUUCUAUAAGUGGACCUAUAUCUGCAGCAAAAUCCUUACCAGGCUUAUCAGAGAAGAGACCAAGCUAUGCUGAGAUUCCAGUUCAGGAACAUUUGCUGAGAAGUUCAUCCAGCAGCAGAAGUACAGCCUCAUUGCCCCGUGUCCCAGCAAUAGAUAAUGCCAUAUCUAUUUCAGUAUCACGGCGUAGUAGUGAGGAGCUGAAACGUGACAUCACAGUGUCAGAUGGAGGCUCUGCCUCUUCAUUGAUGGUGAUGACUUCACCCUCUCCCCAGCUUUCUCUGUCUUCAUCCUCCCCCACUGCAUCUGUAACACCCACUGCCCGUAGCCGCAUCAGGGAGGAAAGGAAGGACCCUUUGGCUGCCUUGGCCCGUGAAUAUGGGGGCUCCAAACGCAAUGCUUUGCUGAAAUGGUGUCAGAAGAAGACCGAAGGAUAUCUGAAUAUUGACAUUACAAAUUUCAGCAGCAGUUGGAAUGAUGGGCUAGCAUUUUGCGCAUUGCUGCACACCUACCUUCCAGCACACAUUCCAUACCAAGAGCUGACCAACCAGGACAAGAGAAGAAAUUUCACCUUGGCUUUCCAAGCAGCUGAGAGUGUUGGAAUCAAAUCUACUCUGGACCUUAACGAAAUGGUUCGUACUGAACGACCAGAUUGGCAGUGUCUUAUGAUGUAUGUCACAGCUAUCUACAAGUACUUUGAGACCUGAGUACUUUUUGGUAUUGUUAUCUCUUUCCCUGCAUGAUAUUGCCUUUCCAACUGCGGACUUAUUAGAAGACACCAAUGCUUCUUCAUGCCUGCUGUUUCAGGGCUACAGUGUGAGGGGAUAACAUCCUCUUCCAGCAUUAUUUAUAGAUCUAUGUAUACUCCUGAGAUGUACCGCUCUCACCCUGUUGUGCCUGCCUGUCUACAGCGACUUGGUUCCCUCUGCAUGACGGGUAUAGGUUUGCCAACUUGCCGGUCACAGGACACAGCUAUAUGUAAAGCCAGAUAGAAGGCAAACAUAAAGACAUUAUACAGAGCAGUAGUACUGUGACUGUGUCUUAAAUAUCGAUGUGAUGCCAGUGCCUUAGCAAAGUCAUCGCCUUUUACAGCUGCUUCUCCGUCCGUUUUUCCAAGCAGGAAUGUUCAAGUGUUCCUUGGAUGCGUAAUGACAAGAAAUCACUUGCCAACAAAAUGAGGACCACGUAGUUUUGCACAGCUUGUGCCAACUGCUCCACUGCUGCCUUGUGACUCUUGAUUGUCUCCUGCUUUUUGUGCCUAGAACACUAAAUUACAUUUUUUGCUUUUUUUCCUGGCAUUUGGCACACGUGAACUGAUGGGCACGAUGGCUUUUUAAACUGAGGAACAGUUCUCAGCAAAUAACUAUUCUUAAAUGACCAGAUGUAUUCUUUUAAUGCUAGCAAAGUGUAAUGUUUUUCCUAGAGAACCAUUCCAUCAACAAGUAUAUCCUCAAAGCUGUACAAGCCAAGCUUGUGGCAAAGCAGAUAGAGGAGAAAAGGUUUGGGAUCUGUUAUCCAGAAUGCUUGGGACCUGGGGUUUUCUGGAUAAGGGGUCUUUCAUAAUGUGGAGCACCAUGCCUUAAGGCUACUAAGAGACAUUCAAAAACAAUUGAAUAGGACUGUUGCCAUCAACAUGGAUUUAUGCUAGCUUAGUUAUCAUCAGCUGAUGUUCUGCCUUUCUCAUAGUGUGUAAUGUUUAGGCUAUCGUGAGCUGCUCGGAAUGACAGAAUUAGAAUGAUCAGCACAAACAGCUUUCUGUGAUCUGAAGGGCGAAUGAGGGGAAGUGUUGAUACUUGCAAUAAGCUUUGUUGACUAAAACUCAACCUUUCGCUGCCCAUCAAAAGAGUUAUAGACCACCUCUUCUCUGGAAGGUAUCUUUAUUCACUUGCUUAACCACUACUAACCAAGAACAGCACAAAACCUUAAGGAUGAAUGAGAAUAAUAUGGGCAUUGUGCCGUGGUGCGGGUAAACUCUGUUAUUUUUUUUGUUUUUAACAAUCUACAGUGCAUUCAUUAUCUUACACUGCUGAAGUGUAACCACACAAACACUUAAAGCUAAUGUAGUGUAAUGAUACUUGUGGGACCUUUUUGGGUAGUCCAGGCUAUGCUUUGUCAUAAUGGAAAUCCACGUUAAAUGUUUUUAUUUUGCUUUUGUUUUUAGCUAUUGGAAACAAUGAGAAGGAUAUGUAUAGUCAAAGGGCUAGUAACACCAGCUACUGAAAGGCCUUCAUAUCCUGCUUUGUAUAAAUUGUAUACAGUGACAACACUAAUAUAGUUUAUAAUAACUAUUGUAUUGCUAUACAAGCAGCCAUGCUGGCAUCUGUAGGAACCGUUCUGUGUAGGAGAAAUGUUACUAAAUGGUGAUCCCAAAUUUUGUUGCACUACAAAUCCCUGCAUUCUUUAACAAAGAAGGGUUUUAUUGGGGAAUUGUAGUCCCAACAACAUUUGGGACCCCAGGUUAAGAAACUGGGUGGUACCUGUUAAGCUUUUUCAAAUACAUGGAUUUUAUAUGUUAGUGGUGAAAAGAAGGGGUCUGGCAUCGCUCAAUACAAGCCUAUUGAUUGAAAAAUAUUUCUUAUUAAAGGGGUGGUUCACCAUUAAAUUACCUCUUAGUUUGUUAUAGAAUGGCUAUUUCCAAGCAACUUUUCAAUUGAUCUUCGUUAUUUAUUUUUAUUAUACUUUUUGAAAGACGUGUCUUCUUUUUCUAACUCUUUACAACUUUCACUACCCCAUCUAAAAACAAAUUCUCUGUAAGGCUACACAAUUAUUGUUAUUGCUACUUUUUAUUACUCCUCUUUCUAUUCAGGCCCUCUCCUAUUUAUAUUCCAGUCUAUCAAUGCAUGGUUGCUAGGGUAAUUUUGGCCCUAGCAACCAGAUUGUUGAAGUUGAAAACUUCAGCCCUGCUGAAUAAAAAGCAGAAUACUUAAAAACCACAAGUAAUAAAAAAUGACAACCAAUUGCAAAUGUUCUCAGUUAUAUCACUCUCUCAGUCAAAGGUGAACGAUCCCUUUAAGAACAAGAACAGUUGCUGACAAUAAAUAUUUAAUUUGCAGUUGUUGAAGAAUGAGAUAUAAUCUAUAAAUGUAUAUAGAUUUUGGUGUUACUGGCCCUUUACAGAUAUUUGAGGUUUAGCUUUUCAGAUUGCCCCUUGUAUUUUAUAAUAAUUUAAGCUCCUUACAACCUCCGACCAUCCUUUGGUGAAUGCAAUAAAAAGGGCCGCAAUCCGGCAGCUCAGAAGGCCUGAUGUCACUUUCGUGUGUCAUACAACAUUCCCUGCAACGAAGCACAAUUCAGCAGAACAAUUUUAAGGUACUGUUUACCUUUAAAGUAAUUGUGACCCUUUUCCAGAUUAAUGGGCUGGAGGGAGGGGGAAAAAAGCACAGGAAAGAAUCUUUAAAGUACACUGACCAAUUGUGAUAACAUAUCUAAUGUGUCUCUCUCUUUAAAGGUGAAGUCCAGACCACAAUGAAAGAAAAUGUUAUUCUAGCAACAUUCCAAUAUUCAUUCAUUAAAUCUUUUCAGUUACUUUAAAGUUCAUUAGCAGUGUUUGUCAGCUCCAUGCUAUUCUGUGUAUUGCUUUUCCUAACAUAAACCUACCUUUAAACAAUGUUCCAGUAGUCCACACUCUUUCAGGCCAAGACUCAUGUUGCCAUAGUGAUGUACAUGUUUUGUGAUAUUAAAGGAGAAGGAAUACCAUUUUACACUUGGGGUGCCAAAAGUUAGGCACCCCCAAGUGAUUGUAUUUACUUACCUGACACCCUGAAAACUGCACCGGCCCUGGGUUCUUCCAUUGAGCACUAUGGAGUAAUCCUCUUCCUGCUUCUUCAGUUGUUAAGCCGAUCUUAAAUGGAAAAGGCGCUAUUUAACUCUACUGCGCAUGCGUAUGCAUUUGAAAACCAAAGAAGCAGGAAGAGGAUGGCUCUGUGGUGCUCGCUCGAAGAACCCCGGACUGGUGCAGUUUCUGCUGAUAGGAGCGCUGGCCCAGGGUGUCGAGUAAGUAAAUACAACCACUUGGCACCCCAAGUCUAAAAUGGUAUUCCUUCUCCUUAAAAGAAGAGGAAUAAUAGAACAUGCAAGGGAACGAAGAGUUUUGGCUGGAUGAAACUGGCACUUGUUUCAGUGGUAAAUGUAAUUGCAACCAGCAGUGCAGGGAUGGGACAACUAAUGCUCUCGAUCGCAAUUUACAAAUUAACAUUUACAAAUAAAACUGAAAAUGAAUGUAUAAUAGGAAGCUGCUUAGCACUAUAUUUUCUUUUAUUAUGGGAAAUGUAAGUUAUCUUUUAAAACCUUGUUUCCCUGUAACGUUGUGUAUUCUUUCAUUCCAAAUGCCAUGAAGAUAUCACGAGACACUUGCAAUCACCUUGUAACUAUAAAGACAAAUCACAAACCACUGCGCUAUUCUUCUGUGUCAGUGAAGCGAUAUUAAAUUAGUUAUUUAAUAAAUAAACAGAUGUAUUUACUAUAUAUAACAUCUAGUUUCAUUUGGCAAAUGUAAAGGCAAUCAUCAGCCAACAAACCCUGCUGAAACGUUUGUGUUAUAGUAACAAAGAAGCCUUGCACCCACUUUGAUUUCUCUUUUUUUACCCAUGCUUUCAUAAAUACUAAAUAUUCAUUGACCUUACCUCUAACAUAGUCAUCCUUAAAUAUUAUACAUUUUUUUUAAAGUUCCCAGGUUGUUGUUUUCUUCUCUGAGAGGUAAAGUUGCAUAGUUUGUGCCUGAUAUUCGUUAUGUAUGUAAAACAUUUCAAAUGAUUAUACGUGACAGUCAUACAUAUGCUGAAUGCUUUCUAAGCAAAUGUUUCCCAUUGAUAUUUAUGAGGCUUUGACCAUGUCAUUUUCAGAUGGAUCCAAAAGCUGUGCAAUGAAUAUAGAAUAUGCACUGUGAGCCUUCUGAUAACAAGUGGUUAACAGCUGCCUUUUAUUAUUUUAUUACUAUAUAAAAAUAUAUAUAAAUAUAUAUAUGUACACAUGCAUUUACUUUGCAGUGCAAAAGGGCAUUUUUUAAAUAAAAUAAGCUUCUGUUUUG